AUGGCGAAGAUGUUGAAGAAGCAAAUUGCAGGCCUACAGGAGGAGUUCAGGAGAAACAAAAUCCACUGGCAAGCUGCCCACAGCAGACUAAAGAGUCAAGUGGAAGCGCUGACCAAACGGAACCUGGAUCUCCAGGAUGAGCUUGGAAUGUCUGAGCAUCAGAAGAUGGAAACCCAGAGAAAACAUGGAGCAGUGGAUAUUAUUAACAGAAGAUCAGAAACACCGCUUUCUGCUGCUAUCUUGAGAGGGACAUCCUCCCAAGAGACUGUAGAAGAGAGACCGUUGCAAGAUAACCACAAGAGUCUCGUUGAUGUCCAUGUGCGAAGGAAAAUAUCAUUUGAUAAUUUGGCUCAUAAUGAUAGGAAUGCCCAGGCCUCACCUCAGUUGACUUCUGAUCAGCAACAAAACCAUGGAAGAAACACACCCAUAUUGAAGUCUAACCAGUGCGUAGACAAGAAUACUGCUCCAUUUUUGUAUGUAAAAGGUGCUUCAGAAGAUGCAGUGUUUUCAAACAGCCUAAAUACUGACAUUUUAAACUCCACACCUUUGGAUGAUGUGGAAAUUCAGAUGAUGGAACAUGUUGGCCAUAAAAGGACUCAGAGGUUCAAGAAGGCCUCUAGGCCAAAGAGUGUCCCUGCAAAUGGAAGGGAAACACCUGAAGGCAAUCUUUCUACAUUUGAGAAGACUGAAAAAAAGCCAACAUUACUCAGAAGAGCAUCAUCCUUUACUGAAGCCAAGGUUGGUGGAGAAGUGAAAGAAGAAAUUAAGUAUCUAGAUGGAAAGGUGAAGCAGCUGUUCACCGAUGGACGCAGAAUUACUACAUACCCCAAUGGUACAAAGAUGGAAAUUAGUACUGAUAAAAAGACAGUGACUGUUACUUUUUACAAUGGCGAUAUUAAAAAGAUCUUAGCAGAUCAGACAGUGAUUUAUUACUAUGGAGAUGCACAGACAAGCAGGACUAUUUAUCCAGAUGGCUUGGAGGUGCUGCAGUUUCCGAAUGAUCAGAUUGAAAAGUAUCAUCCUGAUGGUACUGAAGAGAUCAUCUUUCCGAACCAGACAGUGAAACGUCGCUAUGGUGGAGGUUUUGAGGAAACCAUUUUCCCAGAUGGCACGGUGGUUAAAGUAGAAAAAAAUGGAGAUAAAACCAUUCACUUUCAUAAUGGGCAAAAGGAAAUCCAAACUGCUGGGUCGAAAAGAAGAGAGUACCCUGAUGGUACUAUAAGGACUGUAUAUGCUAGUGGCCAGUGGGAAACCAAUAACGUUGCUGAACGGGUCCCAAUGCCGAAUGACAAGGAAGCGCUUAUUCUCAACGAGUGA